GUGGUGGGGCCAGUCGGUGGAUCGAUCGACGUCCCGUCGAACCUCGCGGCCGUAAGCGCCGCUGCGCCUCUGGGCGGGGCGAGAGGGCGCUUCAGUCGUGUACUGGAGCCCACCAGGGUCGCGUCCAGCACCUCGAACGCUUCGGAGUUGCUCGUUCGCUCGGGUCUCUCUCUUUUCUCUCCAUCAACCUUUCGAAAAAGAAAAAGGACACUCCUCGUGUCUUUAGGGGCUGUGUUCUGAACUAACUAAACUUCGAAAUAGACGCGUGAUCCUUCAACGCAUAUAUAAAAAGCGAGCGAGAAAGAGAGAAAGAGAGAGAAAGAGAGAGCCAAACGUGAGAGCUUAGUUAAUAUAGUGUUCUAUCUCCGAUUCGAGAUAUCCUUUCUUCGUUCGUAUAUACCCUGUAGUAGUAGUUCGAAACUCGAGGAUCGUACUAUUCCUGUUAGUACUAUAGUUCCAGCGACGCGGAUCAACCAGUGAUCGUUCCAACGCGGCGCGGCUUGUAUCGUCCUCGAAGACACGAGAUCGUAUCCGUAUCAGGAUAUUUCUGUUCCCAUCGAAUCGCUCAAUUAAUUCGUGGAUUCUAUAUAGUUGUUCGUACUCGAUCGUUCUCGUCGGUCGGAACAUUUCAUUACGUUCGACUGUUUCGGUUCUUCGAACGGAGCCGGUCGUAUCGAUUCGAGAGGUGGUGAUACGGGCGUACACAGAUAGAGAUACACGCAUAGUGAGACAAGUGAGAUAUACAUUGGAGAGGUGCGUAAAAAGGGUUUCGGAAGUAUCCACGGGGGAGAGGUGUCUAUGUACGCGGCCGGAGACACGGAGAGCUACCCUGGUACCUAGCGGACGACGCGGGGUGGCUUCACCAGUGAGUCUCAGCUUUACGCCCUUCUUUUCGCGAGCUGAUUCACCGUCACGCUUGCUUUCGACGCUUUACAAUAGCAUUUCGAGAGCUAGAUCUCGCGAGAGCGUAACCUCGUCCCAGGGUGGCGGGCUCCGUCAGCAGGAGGCGGCGAGCGUCGCGGAGCAUCAGCUAGUGUGGAAGAGGCAAGAUAGAUAGAUAGAGAGAGAGAGAGAGAGAGAGACAGACAGACAGACAGACAGAGAGAAAGAGAGAAAGAAAGAGAGAGAGAGAGAAAGAAAGAAAGAAAGAAAGAAAGAAAGAAAGAGAGUGAGUGAGAGAGGGAGAGUAAACGUGACGAAGAAGACGAAGACGACGUCGUCGGGGUGUUGGUGUCCGAGGGUGGCGGCGGUGGUGACGCGCAGGAGGUGGUGGCGGCGGAGGAGGGUGGAGGCGACCGUGGAAGAAGCUACGACUCCUGCGACGUGAGUCGCGAGCCGUGCUGGUUGGGUGGUGGUGGUGGUGGUGGUGGCCACGAAGAGGGUAGAGUAACGGUUUCCUAGCCGCCGAGGGAAAGGUAGAGGCUUGGUGGUGGCGUUUGUGAAGGCAACCUGUGGCAAGAUGGGCUGCGCCAUGUCCGCUGAAGAGCGGGCCGCACUGGCCCGUAGCAAGCAGAUCGAGAAGAAUCUCAAGGAGGAUGGUAUCCAAGCUGCUAAGGAUAUCAAGCUGCUACUGCUUGGUGCCGGAGAGUCUGGGAAAAGUACCAUCGUUAAACAAAUGAAAAUUAUCCAUGAAAGCGGAUUUACACCCGAAGACUUCAAGCAGUACAGGCCCGUAGUAUACAGCAACACGAUACAAUCUCUAGUCGCUAUUCUCAGAGCGAUGCCGAAUUUGGAUAUCAACUUUUCGACCAAUGAACGGGAGCCGGACGCGAAAAUGGUGUUCGACGUGAUCCAAAGAAUGGAGGACACGGAACCAUUCAGCGAGGAGCUUUUGGCUGCGAUGAAUAGACUUUGGGCCGACAGCGGGGUACAGGAAUGCUUUGGCAGGAGCAACGAGUACCAACUCAACGACUCGGCGAAAUAUUUCCUGGAUGAUCUAGACCGAUUAGGGGCCAGGGAUUAUCAGCCUACGGAGCAAGAUAUUUUAAGGACCCGUGUUAAAACAACGGGAAUAGUCGAAGUCCACUUUUCUUUCAAGAAUCUUAAUUUCAAAUUGUUCGACGUGGGCGGCCAAAGAAGCGAACGUAAGAAAUGGAUCCAUUGCUUCGAGGAUGUUACCGCGAUCAUAUUUUGCGUUGCGAUGUCCGAGUACGAUCAAGUUCUGCACGAAGACGAAACGACGAAUCGAAUGCAAGAAAGCUUGAAACUGUUCGACUCAAUUUGCAAUAACAAAUGGUUUACUGACACCUCGAUUAUUCUCUUCUUGAACAAAAAGGAUCUUUUCGAGGAGAAAAUUCGCAAGUCUCCGCUCACCAUUUGCUUCCCCGAAUAUGCCGGGGCGCAAGAGUACGGUGAAGCAGCCGCGUACAUCCAGGCGCAAUUCGAGGCGAGAAACAAGUCAACCACUAAGGAGAUCUACUGCCACAUGACUUGCGCUACUGAUACCGACAACAUUCAAUUCGUGUUCGACGCAGUCACAGACGUCAUUAUCGCCAAUAAUCUCCGUGGCUGCGGUCUCUAUUAGGAUAAAUAUUCCCGUCGUGGAGCCGAUCGACCGACACACACUCACACUCACACGCAUAAACACGACAGACAUGUAUUGCGAGAACGGGGGAGCGCGUGAGAAUGAGAGACUGCGAGAUUGUCAGGUUGCCGAGAGAAAGAUCGCGUGACAGAGGGGGAGAGAACGGCUGAAAGAACGGGAACGAGAAAAAGAGAUACACCUAUGUACCACCGCUACUACUACCGACCACCUGCGGAUACCUUCUCGACUUUUUUUUAUCAGACACCUCUUUGUGCCAGCUCUUUCAACCUUUCUCCUUGUCAUACUGAGUGAUUCGAACGCAGUUCCACAAUGUUUACGCAACGCUAUGCAUUAUGCGCUGCUAAAGUGCUGCUAUGUAAGUAGGUUCGCUUGUACAAUUCCUGGAUCUUCUUGCAUAAUAACUUACUAAUUACUAUUAUCAGCAAACCGAUAAUUCAUUAGUUAUAGGGUUCUCCUCUAUCAUUUUUCAUUGAAUGGAAUGGAUCAAAUACUAACUUAUGAUUUGUAAAAUCUUAUUUAUUUCAUCAACAAAUUUGUUACCAUUAUGCAAAGAUAAUCUGUAACUUUUGAAUUGUAAAGUUUCGUUAAUAGUAUUAGUUCAAUUGUCCAUGGUGAUUGAAUUAAGACCACAUGGAAUUUUCAACAGUUCUCAUUGUGCUAUACGCAACUGAGAAGCGUACUCUUAGCGAACUGUUUUAUGGGAAAGUUAAAGGCAAAUGAAGAACGUCAUUCUAAUUCAAUGAACAGGGAUUGUAGAAGUUAGGAACUUCUCCCUGAGAAAUAUUUGUCAGAUUACUGACUGAUAUUAUAAAAAUAAUAUCAAUUGUGGACUGUUGUUAGUAAAUCGCUUCUUCUAAUUGUCUUUUGAGGCAAGCAGAGAAUUGUGUAGGAAUUUUUAAUAUCAGCAGCAUCAAGAAUGUUUCUCUACUAGAGAAAUUCAUCUUAUGAUUUGAAUUUUAUAUCUGGAAGAGAAAAGAAUAGAAAAGUUUGGAAUAAAGUUUUCAGCUAAUUGAUCCUUCGAGCUAAAUACAUCUGGAUUGAAGUUGCAAUUAUUUACUAUUCCGCUUUUAAAUACCGAAUCCAAUCUUAAAAUGAAUUUCUCAAUAAAGAAACAUUCUUUUCUAUACCACAAUCAGAUUUGAUUGCUGUAUUAAUUGCAGAGGACUUAAUAUUGCCUUUACUCAUUGGUCAUUUUCCAUUUUAAACCGAUUGUGACUGAGUCAGCCUAUUAUUAGCGUUGGACAAUCUGUUUAACCAAUACCGAGUACUGUGAUCAAUCUUUUUGUUAACUGUCAGAACUGGUGAAUUUUGUCAUAUAUAAAAAUCUAUUUUUGUGUCGAUAUUUGAAACUAAAAAAUUAUAUACAAAUGAUUGGAUUUCAUAUAUUAAAUUUCGUUAAGAUUCAAAAGCUUGUAUAAUGUCACUUGUUUGCUUAAAAAGAAUUAUAUGGGUCAAAGGGUCAAUAGUUAAGUCCUUCGUAAUCAAAAAUAUGGAAUUAAGGAAUAUGUUGAAAGAGGGCGCACAAUGAUCAAUCCAGAUUUUUCAUACAUUACGCGGUAAAUCGCACAAAGACCAAUCACGAAGCACACUCGAAUCUCGAGAUCCUUCAUCUGAUUUUAUUGUAAAUUAGGGAAAGAAUAUAGUUAUCUGUUCAGGUAGAAAAUUAAGCUGAACAAAAUUCUUUUAACAUAGCAAAUAAUUCUAGUUAAUAGUUUAACAUUAAAAUUCUUUUGAUAAAAGAAAUAAUUUCUUUAGAAAUGUUUCAUUUGACAAACACUUUAAUUUUCUACCUGGGAAGAAACGAUUUAUAAGCUAAUAAUACAAUUUUCCUUUUUCACGAGUAGUAUAAUAAUAUUCAACUAUUUCAACUUUAGUUGAAUAAGCAUGUUACGUUCAUCGCCGAUCGCACAAGUCGCGCACAAGAAACGCGCGCGAAAAAAGUAUAUUUUUCUCUCAUACAAAAUAUUUUAUAUUUUCCGUGCAAAUCUACAAUUCCUACAUCUGUCGGAUACGUAUAAUCUUAUACUAUUCGGUUUUCGAUCAGUUCCUUUCGGUUAGAAAACUAAAUAAAAAAACAAAAAAAAAAAGAAAAAAAAAAUGCGCUAAAAUUGUGUAAAAAGCAUACAAACGCCGUUGAUUGAAACAAGUGAGAUUUAAGUGAAACCAUAAAAACUCGAUAGAUAAGGUCAGAAUAGUGCAAGAUUGUCAAAGCAUGCAGAAAAAAGACGUGAACAUGUUGAUGCGUAGAUAUUUAAUUGAAAUUCGAUUUCCAAUUCGUCAAACAUUAUUUGGCAACGAUUCGAGCAAGAUUCGUAACGCUAUUGACAAAUGGCGCACCGUACAUGACAAAGAAUUCUUCACUGGUUUUCCCUUAAAUUGAAUCAACAGUUUCGUUUCGUUCCAUUGUCACGCACAUUUACGCGACUGUACGCACACGAUCGCACAAUUAUACGCAACGACGCAAUCACACACACGUACACACGUUACACGAAUAUACAGGGUAUUCGGAAAUAGAUGGCCGAACUGUGGUAUAGUGUAGAACACGAUAUCAAAGUUUGGCCACUUAUUUCUGAAACAUUCUGCAUAGGGCAUACGUUGAAGUGUUAUUACAUUUGCGAAAAGUGAAAGAGGUUCCACUCAACGAAGCUAGGAUCCUUGAAUUUCCGAAUUUUCUUCGUACGAUUCAGUUACCUUCUUACGCAAUUACGUUUUACGUUUCUUGAUCAGGUCAGGCGUGUUUAAGGAGCUUUCAAUUAUUCGAUGAAAUCUCGGCUUCGUAUUAAGUGAUAGCGUUUUUGGAUCGACAGAAGCCGUGUCUUUACGCUUCUUUUUUCAUCGAACCAGCCCUUACUGGCUUUAAAACGAAUAUAAGUGCAGACCGAAACAUUCCACGUACAGUCAAACGCAGUUCCCCGUUUUCUAUUUUUCCUUGGUUCGUAUUUAAUCAUCGCACAAUGUACCAAUUUUCUUUUUCUUUUUUUUUUUUAUAAUCUUUCCAUUUGAACGACUUUUUAUUUUUGUUUUUUUUUUUUUUUUUUUUUUUUUUGGAAAAGAUUUCACUCCCUUUUCCAGAAUUGCAAUUGCGAUUGAAAUGAGGAGUUGUGGCAGAAUUUUUGGGAAUUUUUGUACGAAUCCUUUUACCAAAGAUAUUUGUUUAAAACUUUUAUAUUAAAAAAUAUCAUAUUCUAAAUUUAUAAUUAAUGUUUGUUGGGAAUUCGAGAUUUUUUUAAAUUUAUUUAAAACAGUUGCAAUUGCAAUUCGUCGCUGUUCAAUUGUAAUAUAAAUUAAAAUAUCGAGAAGUGUUUGACCAAAAAGAACCAAAGAAUCGAGUAGAACAGUAAUUACAAAUGUAAAGAAAAAAGAAAGGGAAGAAGAAGGAAGAAAGAAAAAAAAUAUUCACAAAAUUAAUCUGAAUUAUGUAUAUAUGAAGGACAGAAUUUUUUUUCUUGAAGAAGGCCAAGAAGAAUUUCACUAUUUUUUCUUUCGACGACUAGUAUCAAAAGAAAGAACACCUUUCUCUCUACGUUUCGAUUUUGAUUUUUCCUAAUCUUUCUUUUUUUCUCUUUUUGUUUUUAUACGUCGAUUUUUGCGAAUUAUUUUUAUAUCGUUAGUUGGAUCUAGAAGAUGAAAACAAGAUUUAAAAAAAAAAAAAAAAAAUAGUAUUACUGUCACCGCCGUUGCCAUAUUACUGUAAAAGUUAAUAUAUAAAUUUUAGGGCUAUCGAUUAUAAUUAAUUAAGUAUUCCUAUAUGUAGUAGCCAUAAUUAUGUAUAAAUAAGUACGCAUAUAGAACUUCUAGUCAAAUAGAGAACGUACUAGCUCGUACAAAAAAAAAAAAAAUGUAUAACGAUCGGGGAAGUGAUUGCUUUGAUUUAUUUCUUUCGCAGCGAGGAUUUUUAUUACUCUUAACUAUUAUUAUUAAUUUUCAGUUCGUUUCAAUAUCUGUAAUCGAUAAUAAAUUGACAGGAAGAUGUAGCUUUUAUAUUUAUACUCACACUAUCGGUUAGAAUAUUUGAGGCGCCAAAUUUAAACUACUGAUUAGUGAUUUGAUUGAUUUAAAAGAGAAAAGAAAAGUUUAAGUUUCAACCGACAAAGAAGAAGCAACCAGUGAAAUGGAAAUAAAGAAUAACAAUAGAUUGUAAAUCGAAAUAAUUGUAAUACGUAACGGGUGUGCAAUUUCGAAUUUAGAAAUUGUAAUUCAGUUAUUAUUAUAACCGCCUAGGAUAAAUGCAAUGAAUUAAACUGUGUAUAGCAGUGA